AUGGUGAUAACGCUGUGUUUAGCUGAGGAGGAGCAACGUAAGUUGCGGUUGCUGGGACUCUUACCUAUUUCUGGGAACGGUUCGACUGCCGGAAGGUCAUGCCUUCCAGCUGUACAGAUGGCGUUAAACGAUAUUAAUGCACGGGAAGAUAUACUUGCAGAUUAUCAUCUGACGUAUAAAUGGACUGAUAGCAAAUGUAGCUUCGGAACUCCAGUAAAUCGAAUGUUUGAAGCAUUUUAUAAUGAUCCGCCUUAUGUCAUGUUGCUAGGAGAUGGAUGUUCGGUCGGAUCAGAAGCUACUGCUCAAGUUUCACAUCUCUGGAACCUUACCCAGUUGUCCUAUGGUUCGCCGUCGCCAAUACUCUCGAACAGAAAUCGGUUCCCUUACUUUUUUAGAAUAGGAACCCCAGACCAGAAGAUGAAUCUUGCAAGAAUAGCGUUGAUAAGAGAAUUUGGCUGGAAGAAAGUGGCAACAAUACACCAAGCGUUAGAAUUCUUCUCCGUGAAUCAUGCAAUAAGUUGUUUCAAAAAAGGCAUUCAAGGUCGGUCUCUAUGGUCGAAAGAUAGUCUGGGUUUUGCCGGAUGGUAUUCUAUUAAUUUCUGGCGCGAGAAUCUGGACGAAGUGGAUUGUACCAAAGAGGAGAUGGAAGAAGCAGGAGAGGGUGCAUUCUUUACUGGACCAAUAUUCAAAAACCCAAUAGAAGAGAGAGGAGUAGCAUAUCUUACAGAAUAUCCAAAAACGCUUGAUAUGUUUACAUACCAGGACUCUGAUAUCAACGAUAUUAUUUUCGACUGUAUGUCAAGGACAAACAUAACAGGCGUGUCAGGAAGAAUUGUUCUCUCGACAGAAGUUGAUCCUAAUAGAAUUUUAAAAAUAGAACGUAUACAAGGCGGGAAGCGGCAUUUUGUUGGAAUGUAUAGACAAGACAAGGAUCCAUCAUAUUUCGAUUGGAUAGAGGGUGCUAUUUUGUGGAAAGAUGGCAUUAUACCAAGAGACUCUACACUCAUCUUAGAAAAAGAAAAAGAUAUACCACCGUACCUGAGCAGUGAUGUCAUCAUUUUCUGGGCUCGGCAUUUUCUUAAGUGUGGUCUUUUUGUUUUUAACGUAGUUUAUAGAGAUAACAGCUCAGUUGUGAUGAGUCCCUUUCCUGGUAAAACCAGUACUGGUGUCUUAUGA